UACAAUGAUCAGCAAAAAUGAGCAGUACGAUAGAACUGGUGUUCUGAUGAAACCACUCGAUUUCGUCGUGAUAGACUGAUCCGCAGCGUACACCCGAGUCCUGGGUUAUGUUGGAAAGCUGUAAUUUGGCUGUUAGUUGACGAAGCCAACAAAUGUGAAUGACAAAGGCACUGAACACGAUGCGUAACAGUGGUGUCUGGCUUGCAACUUGCUAUUCUGAGUUUGGAAAUUAUGGUUACCAUUUCUCCGAACUGGCUUGGACAUCAGAUGAUGUCAGAGAAGCUGUUUCGCCCAGAGUCCCCCCCACAGUUCAUGCCUAUGCAGGAGGACCAAGAAUCAGUGCUCUGCCAGAUGAAUUGCUACUGCUCAUCUUCUCACACAUGACCUUGUCUGAGAACAUCAACAUUUUGCAGAAGGUGUGCACUCGAUGGAAAAAUCUCGCACAAGAUGCAAAGUUAUGGCGUCACAUGGAAUAUGUCAUUAGUGAGGAUACAACUGAGGAGUCAGCUAUAGCAACAUUUAGAGCAGCUCCGCAGCUGCGUUCAGUUGUUGUUGAGAAAGCUGUCUCUUCUGCUGUCUUCCAGGCUCUGUCUGAGAAUUGCCACAACCUCACUGUACUGGACGCCUGGUACAAUGAGAUAAAUGCUAAGGUAGCUAAGAACCUUUUUGACAGCUGCAAAAAAAUCAGUACUCUACGUACUUUAGAUCGUGGGCUGACAGUUGGCCAUCGAUUCCUAAAAGCAGUGGCGCAGCUUUCACAGUUGCAAAUGCUGCAUCUACAUGCAUCCUGCAACUUAGAUCUUUCAGUGUGCCUCAGGUUUCUCUCUGAUAAGUGUCCCCUCCUGCACACUCUGGACAUCGGACAUUUACACUACCGUAUGGCUGACAUGGAGUACUUCAUCCGUUCUAGAAAACGGCCGCUCCUGCAUAUGUAUGUUAGGUGGACCUCAACUGAAGGAAGGUGCAUCGUUCCUGUGCUCAGGUGGCAUGCCAACAUGUUGGAAUAUCUCUAUCUGUCGUAUUAUGAUAUUGAUGAAGUGGAAGCUAUGGUAGCAUUCCACGUAUUGGGGAAGCUUCACAACCUGCGGGUACUGUGCUUGACUGCUGGGCACAAGCCAGUGUCUCAUCUGAUUGCUCUGCCAUUCAGGAGCGGAAACCUGUCAAAACUUGAAUAUCUUCAUUUGUCGCAAAUCUCUGAUCUAGGAGAUGAUACAGUGAUAGCCAUCUCAAUGGGGUGUCCUCAACUGCGAAAGCUGACGUUGAUUGAUUGUGGUGGGCUCACAGCGGUUGCCUUCAAGUUUUUCCAUUUACUCACAAAUCUGGAAAAGCUUGAAAUUGAUUCUUGUUGGAGCCUUGGUGAAGAAGCAGCUCACUACAUCUCUUUGCUGCCAGCAAUCCAUUAUAUGCAUUUACAUACUAACCGAUGUGGUUCAGGAGAUAUAGGAAAAUGCUUUAGAUUUCCUCCCGUUCCAAGAGACUGCGAAGGGCUGACAAUAAAUCCAUGGAGACUGUGUGGAUGAGAUGCGCACACACAUGCCAGAGCUGCAAGCUGAAGAUAUCGAGGUUCAUACCUGUACAUGGUGAAUGGAUAUAGUGACACUUUGUAUCUAGUGACAGUGCGUAUGUUGAAACUGUAAAAUUGUAUGUUGGAAGUGUUAAGAAUGCUGAUUCAUUGUGCAAAUGACAGAACUACAUUAAUUUCAAAUUCAGUGAUACUCGACAACUGAUGUACUGGGAGGAUCAACUCGCAUCUGCCUAAACAGGUGCCCACAAGACAUAGGACAGAUGGGGGUAAAAAUACGCAGUUUUAGUUUCACUAAAUAUUUAAAAAAAAAAAAAAAAAAAACCUUGAAGCACUAUUACGCAGUCCAGUCAUGUUACUGUGUCCACCACCUAUGUUCAUUGUCAGUCACCCACAGACAGCAGGUGGCAGCACUAGCAGUGGUGGCUAUAUAAAAUUGUGUUGAGGGGAACACAGGAAACAAUGCAGUCAUUGCUUUAAUGCGGAAACAGAGUGACGGCUGUGAUGAGUAUGGGCAAAUUGUCAUGCAACUGUUGAGCAACUGACAGCCCUAAUGAACUAAAGGGCUGUCAACAGUGUCUCUUCAAUAAGCAUUCAGCGAGCUUUGCUGUGUAUUGGCCUUUGCAGCAGAAGACCCAUGUUGACUGCCGUUCGUUGGCUACGAAAGCUGGGAUUCGUGUGCCAGUACCACAACUUGACAGCCACUGAGUGGCAAUACGCGGCCUUUUCAGAAGAUUCAAGUUUUAUGCUCCAUUGGACAGUUGACCGACGUUGUUUAACAAUUGUCAGAAGGGUCCACACUAGAGGAGAGAAGUCUGGGGAAAACAUUCGUACACUCUCUGGGUGACUUCAUCACUCUAGAAGGCCCAGUGGAUCAGCACGAUUAUGUGCCUCUCCCUAGGGAUCAUGUGAACACCUAUAUGAAAUUUGUUUUUUCUUGGCACACUGGCAUCACCAGCACGACAGUGCAAUGUGUCACAGAGGUUACAUUGUACAUGCUUCCUUUGAAGAGCACCAGCAUGAGUUUAUCGUACUCCCUUAGGCCCCAAACUCCCCAGAUUUAAACCCAGGUAAGAGUCUGUGGGACCGCCUCAGUUGGGUUGUUCAUGCCAUUGACCGUCAACUGAGAAAAUGAGCACAUUGGCUGCAGCACUGGAGUUUACAUGGCUCCACAUCCCUGUCAAUAUCACCCUGAACCUCAGUGACGCUCUUCCUGCAGGUCUUACAGCGAUCAGACAGGCUUUUACAGGUGGACACAUUAAUGUGACUGGACAGUGUGUAUCAGUUAUACAUGCAGCACUUAGUUUGACAGCUUGAUAAUAUUGUGUAAAAGUUUCAUUGUCAUGCACUUAUUAUUAGAGGAGUAAUAAAAGUUUACCUAAAGAGUAACUUAGCCCACAGCAUAGGAAAAUAGUAUGCAAACAGUAUGUUGGUGUGAGACAAGAGUACAUAGUGUGUAACGAUUAGAAAUAAAUACAUGG